CUAAAUUUUAGUGGAAAAAGGUAACAAGUGUUUAUCACUACUUUCGCAAUUUUGUAUACUUUUCUGAAAAUACUGAUGAGGUAAUAAUGUGAAAUAGAGAUAUUUAAUUAAGGACUAAGUGAAAAUGCCUGAAAAUGAAGGAGGUGUCUUUUUUAACUUGCAAACUUUACUAAAUCAAGAUUAUCGCGGCGUAAACAUAGCGGUAUAUGCGCUUGCAACUGCGUCUUUGGCAUUUUCAAUACAUAAAAUCCGUCCGGUAAGCAAGUUCUCAAAAGCCUCCAAAGUUCCUGAUCAUUUUAUAAAGAAUCAUGAGACGUUGAAAGGAGUGUACACGGGUGUCCAACAUUCGCCUGUUCGUCUCCUUAUAAACCACAGAGCACCAAUUUACUUACCCCUAUGGCAUUCCAGUAAACCACCAAUCCCAGUCAAGUUAUGGGGUGUGAACAUUGUGAGUGGAAAUGCUGUCAACUGGCUGGAGUGUGUGGCCAAAGGACAGAAAGUUACUCUCAAACCAAUGGGAAGAGACAAGGAGGAUUUAGUUUCAACAGUUCUAUUGCAUUUACCACAGGCUGGGACAAAAUCAAUGGAGACAUUAGAUAUUGGACAAAAAUUAGUUGAACUCGGCUUUGCCCAGGCCUCAGUUCCUCAGCCUAUUAAGAAGAAAAGUCUGGAAUCACAACUAGCGCCCGCAAUUAUAUCGGCGGAAUCAUGUGCAAAGAAAUACCGAAAUGGUGUUUGGUCUGACAAACUUCCACCAAUACCGUUCUAUGUAACUUACUGGAGGAAAGGUUCACAAAUGACAAUAAAUGCUCUCAUUAUAACUGCCAAUAAAUUUGUACAAUUUUUGACUUUUGCCCUUAAAAGUAUUUUAAUUGGCACCAAAAAUUUGGCACUACGACCAUUUAGAUCCCAAAACAAAUCAAUUCAAGCUACAUAGUUAUUAAAAUGUUCUAUUUGUUAUUUAAAUAUUUCUGGUUUAUAAGAAAAAUAUGGAAUCUU